GUUUCUGCGGUUAUAUAAACCGGCUGGACCCCUUCUCCGCAAACACUGGACCUUGCUGGAGUAAGGAAAGAACCGACUAUGAAGACCCUGUUCGUUCUUUGUCUCCUGGUAGCGGCAUGUGCUGCCUACUGGCACGGAUGCAAAGGUAAACAUUGUCGUGGCUACGGUGGAUAUAGAGGCUACGGCGGCUACGGUGGAUAUGGAGGCUAUGGCGGCUACGGUGGAUAUGGAAGCUAUGGUGGGUACGGAGGUUACGGUGGUUAUCGUGGCAUCGGCGGCUAUGGUGGUGGAUACGGAGGCUAUGGUGGAUAUGGAGGGUAUGGUGGUAGAUUUGGAGGCUAUGGUGGAUACGAGGGGUAUGGUGGCGGCUAUAGAGGAUAUAGAAGGUACCAUAAAAAACCAUGCAAGUGGUGUUAUAGAGGUUACGGAGGAUACGGCGGAUAUGGUGGUUAUGGCGGCUACGGAGGUUAUGGAAGUGGCGGUUAUGGAGUCUACGGAGGUUAUGGCGGCUACGGAGGAUAUGGCGGCUAUGGAGGCUAUGGUGGUUAUGGACGGUACAGCGGUUAUGGAGGCGGCUUUGGUGGAUCUAGAGGUUAUGGCGGCUACGGACGUAGCUACAAAUGGCCAAAGAAGGGUUAGCACAAAGACCAUGAGAUCGAGAAACUUGGAGUGCCUUUGACCGAAACAGAUAUAGGACAACGCAUUACAUACACUAGUCAAACUGAUAGAAUUAAAAAAAUAUUAAAUAUUGCAAAGUUACAAUUGUCUGUGUUGUCUACGUACUAAUAGUAUAUCAUUGCAACAGACCAAAUGAUUUCGGCUUAAGGAAUAGGAAGUUCACAAUUGUUUUCUACAAUUGCUUCAUCAACACGUUAUUCUUCAUAGUCUUCAUUAUCAAGAUCUUUUUUAAGUUGUAGAAAUGUUUUACGUCACACCGACACAAUUGUCUUGUCAGAAAUGUCAUUUGUAUCGAACUAUAAACCGUGAGUAUAAUAAACAAACACUCGUUACAACAAUGUCAUCUUUGUGGCUUCAGCAAAAUUAUCAUGAAAAUUGAUAGAUGUAAACACAUGACAAUGACAGUUGGCCUUAAUUAGCACUUGUUUGUAAUUUUGAUAUACAUUUGUAUACUUCAUAUUCCAAAACUCACCUAGGUGCUCUGUGGCCGAGUUGUUAAAGUCGCUGACUUCAAAUCACUGCUCUUGGUUCCAAAGCUCGCUUAGGGUAUAUUCUUUUGUGUGAGAAAGUCAUCCAACUGGCUUGCGUAAGGUCUGUGGCUCUACCCAUGUGCCCACUUGUGCCUGAAAUAAUACUCAAAAUGGCACCUGAUGACAUCCACCAAUAACUGCGUCGUUGUGACGUUAAACCCACACAAAGAAAUAAAAAUAGACGGUUACAUUUAGACCUUAAAGUGACGGCGGCCCUGAUUACUUGACAUAUGUAGUGAACCUGUUUUAUUUUUUACGAACAAGUGUCAUAUUCCCAUAAACUGUAAAAAGACCGAGAAAGUCAACUAAGUGUUGAAAUACCAAACAAAAUAAAUCAAUUCAGUUUAUGUAUUAAUGUGAUUGAAAAGAUUUUGAUGGUUUAAUUAGGAAUUACAUAUAAAGAAGAUAUAUUGUUUAGAGGUUGUGUAGGUUUUUAAGAUUAAUUAGAUUAAAACGCAUUUAAUAGUAUAAAGCAUGCACAAGGAAAGCAAUUUUUCAAGCAUCAGUGCAAACCAGCCCAACAAAAUUGAUCACAUCACGUUACCUAACUUCUCGACCAGUCACGUUGCAAGUCGUUGCGUUUAACAAUAACCUACGUCAGCAUUUUUUUUGUCAGUUUCGUAUAUGCUGGUGCAUGGAAAAUAGAUGUUUUCUUUUAAAUAAUUAGUUCGCACUUUUUCCCAUCGGUAGUACAGAUAUAGGACAAUUGGCGGAAUUAUUAGGAAAAUCAUCCUACAUAUAAAUGUCAUCCCAUGUAUACGUUUAUAAAAGCAACAUACUUUCUUUCUGAAGAUAAAAAUAAUAACAAAAAUAUUGACAUGUGAAAUGAUUACAAAUAACGCCGUCAAAUUUGCAUGAAAUGUACGGAUCGUUAAAAACAUGGGAAAAUAUCUCGUAACUCAGCACACGGACCUAUUAAUUUUAUUUGUCCAUAUAAUAACUAAUAUAUUGAUACACAGUUGCGAAAAGUUUCAUUAAAAUCUACACUGUAGAAGAAAAUCAGUUCGUGAUGAUUGACGCCAAUAAUGAAAACUUCCGUGAGGUCCGAGUUUUUUUCAAUUCAAAUUAGCUAAAACAAAAUCAAGUGCAACUCUCUCUUUUUUUCUGUCACUUUUCUACGUACAGUCUGAAGUAGUAUCUUUCUAAACCACUUAGAGUGUCGAUACAUACAUGACGUCGAGUGUUCAUUGAUUGAUAUAUCAUACCAGGUGAAACCUAAAAAGAACCAUUUUGAUAGAAGAUAAUUACCCCCAAAAAGCAAGAAAAAUAUCAAACAGGAAAAACCAUGUUCCAGAAACGCAGCCUCCACAAAACGAAACUCACAGCACGCAGAUGUUUUUUAUCAUUAAUACUCCGAUCAAUAUAUCAUGCUGACACCUAAAUAUAAUUAUUUGGUACUCGAGGCAUUCUUGGUUUUUUUUUCUUUUCAUUUUAAUUUAGCUUAUAUAUCAUACUGAGUCCUAAGUUAUAUGGAAUCGGUCUUAAGUAAGUCCCCCAAAAUCGAGUAUACAAAUCUAAAUAUAUUUGCAGCUCAUCAGUGCGCUUCAUUGCAGGAUGAUUAACACAACAAGUGGUCUUCACAGACAAGCAUGAUAUAUUAGAGGUAUCUUACUUAUCAUGUCGAUCAUGAUCAAUUUUCUUUCAACUAACUUUAGAAUACGAUUUAUAUUAUAUAAUCUCGUUUAAACAAUAAUAAUAUUAAUAAUGAUAAAUACUAAUAAUGAUAAAGACGCAAGUUAAAGUAACAUAUCGACGAGUAUAAAUUUUGAAAAGGGUUGCAUAAUUUUAGAUUCUUUUUUAGCUAUCUGAGUAAAGUACAUGUAUUAGGAAUUCGAAAAGGAGAGAGUAUAUCGGUUUCUUUACACUAAGGGUUUCACUUUUUAGUCACUGAACCCUAUAAAAAGCUAGAAUUUACAGAACACAAGAGUCGUUGUCUGAGUGGUAUUGUAUUUCUAACGUUAUUUAUAGAAAGCAUGUUUACAUAAUACUUUAAACUCUUGUUGACAAAGAAGAAUGGCAAGAACUUGCAAAAUAAAACCAUAACACUAACGAAAAUGCAUUGUAUUUAUUAUUUAUUAUUAUAGUAUUUAGUAUCUCCCUAAAGACCUUAUGUAAUUAAAUGAAAAAAGGCCAAAUAAGUAAACUUCGUGUGUCAACAAUUUAUGAUUUUUCCACUUUAAAAUCACAAAUAAUUACAAGAUUAUGACUGACUGUCUUCCUAAUUAAUUUAUGACAUUGUGUUUUGAAAUUGUAUUGUGAUAAUGACUUAUCCUGCUGUUACAGUGUGUCAUUAUGUCAUUGACCUAC